AUGACUGUAACUCCUGAAGGCGGAAGGACCUUGAGCGACAGCAAGUCCAAUCUGGCGCUCACAAAGAGCGAGAGCUCUAAUGGUGAUCCUGAACAACCUGCUUCCGCAGAAAAGUCGCCCCAAACAGCGACUCCACCUUCAUUUCCCGAAGGUGGUUUGCAAGCGUGGUUAACAGUUCUUGGCGGCUCUAUGAUACUUUUUUGCACCUUCGGCGCGGUGCAGUCAUUUGGUGUAUACCAGGCAUACUACACAUCGCAUUACCUUCCAGAGUAUGUCUCAAGUGACAUCAGCUGGAUUGGUUCUGUGCAGACCUUCCUACUAUUCGCUGGAGGUUUACCUGCCGGAAAGCUCUUCGAUGAAGGGUACUUCCACCACUGCAUAGGAGCAGGGUCGCUCAUCUACUUGUUCUCGAUAUUCAUGCUCUCACUUGCAAAACCACACCAAUACUAUCAAAUAUUCUUGGCACAAGGCCUUGGAAUGGGUAUUGGAAUGGGUCUUCUCUUCCUUCCGGCAAUCUCAGUCACUUCUCACUACUUCCGGCGGCGGCGUGCUGCUGCAAUGGGAGUAGUGUUGGCUGGCUCGUCACUCGGUGCAGUUAUCUACGCCAUCAUGCUCAACAACCUGUUUAAUGGCAGUGCUGGGUUUGCAUGGGGCGUGAGGGCGGCUGGUUUCAUCGAUGUUGGACUCCUUGGAACCGCAAAUUUGAUCAUGAAAACUCGUUUACCCAGCCGGAGGGAGCGUCCGAAUGCGAAACCAGUUGAUCUUAAAGCAAUCUUGUCUGACUUUGGUUAUUGGUUGUGUAUCAUUGGUGCCACCUUGGCAUUCUGGGGCCUGUUUGUGCCAUUCUUCUACCUCCAAGUCUUUUCAGAGACUCAUGGACUCUCUAAGACCAUCGGUUUUUACGCAAUCCCGAUUAUGAACGCCUCUUCAUUGUUCGGAAGGACGAUCCCGAACUUUUUGGGCGAUAUCAUCGGGCCAUUUAAUGUAAUGAUCCCAUGCACUAUCAUGUCUGGAGGGUUACUGUUCCUCAUGUUCGCGGCCACAAACCUCAGCGGUACCAUUGCCUUUGGCAUUUUGUACGGUUUCUUCUCUGGUGGCUUCAUAUCCCUUAUCACUCCCGCUGCUGCAUCGUUUUCGAGAGACGUUAAUGAAAUUGGCACUCGGAUAGGAGUGACUUCGUUCAUCAUUUCCUUCGCACUGCUCACAGGUAGUCCCAUCGCUGGUGCAUUGGUGGAUGUCAGCGGCCGUUACGUCUGGUAUAGACCACUUGUUUUUGCCUCUGUCGUCGUACUGGCAGGUGCCGCCUGUCUUAUCGCCUCUCGACACUUUUUGUCCAAGCGCAAGAAUACCAACAGGCUAUGAAAACGAUUCCUGCGAUAUACCAGGAGUUCACUAAACACAAUUUAAUUGACUUUGACGACCAGACGACUGCCUGUAUCAUACGCGCUGCCAGAACCGCAGUGGCAACGAAAAUUACGACCUCCCCGACUUUUUGCCCAUACUUUUUUCACAAGAGCCGUAAUCAUACGCGCUCAGGAGGGUGAUAGAGGGACGUUGUAGGCAGCGUUAACAAAUUUGAUUAUUCGCCAUUACAUCUCGUCCCUUCAUCUUCAUGUACAGUUUUGAUACGUUGAUACUUGUUGAUACGCGCCUUCUAGUAAUUUUCACGAACUCAGUAAUACCGUACCCGCCUA